AUGGAAUCUCCUGCUCCCCGACGAAGUUCGCGGCGGAUUCAAAGUCUCCAACAACACGAGCGAGAAGAAUCUCCGUUAGUCAAGACCGAACCCUCUUCUACUCCAGUCAAGAAAAAUGAAAAAAAAUCCGCACCACCAUCUGGAAGGAAGGUGGCAACACCCACCGCAGAAACUCCCAAACAAAAGUAUCCAUAUACAGUCGUGGAUGGUACACCAGUGUCUGAAUCAUUACCUGAUUACUCGGCUCUAGAGCAUCCUCUGCCUCUUGAAGAAUGUCAGUCAUUGUCGUAUUCGAUUGAAAAGUCGCGAAACAGCUGGCUUUUGGGUGGUAUGUUUAAGAAGUUUUGGACUAGACCACCACGAGGUCGUAAAUUGCCAACUGGUGAUUCGGCUGUAAGAGAAAAGAUGAACAAACUCUGCGAAUGCAACAUGAUCAUGGGUCCACAUAUAUUCGAUGUCAGGUUGUUUGUUGUCAAGGAUGAGAAUCCUGAAGACGAUAGUGAAGAAGAAGAGGAGCCUAUACCUGGAGCUGGUCCUCCUGGAGCUCCUAAUGUGCCUAAUACAGCCAGUCCAAUGAACCCGGCUGCUGCAGGCCCUCCAGGAGCCUCAAAUAUAGCAGGACCAAGACCUGUUCCAGUCGCUGGUCAAGCUGGAGCUCCAAUCAACUCUCCAGCUCCAGCUCCAGGUCCAGCUCCUGUCUCGGCUCCUACCCCAAACCCAAGCGUAGUUACAACUGGGCCAGUUCCAGCACCUCCUCUAGUGAACACUUCAAGCUCUAACCCACCUACUGUAAAUAAUCCAGGCUUAAAUACUACUGGUGCUCCUCCUGCACGAGUUGUUCCAACUGCUCCUGUACAGCCUUCUCCAAACGUGGCUCAACAAACGGCCCCUAUUGCGCAAGUUCCUGUAGCUCAACCACCAGUAACUACAGCUCCUGGCCCACCCAGUGCGACACAUGUGACCCCUAUUAGAACACCAGUACUUACUGUGACUCCUCAAGUAGCUACUGGACAGCCUUUACCCCCAGUAGCAAGUCACCCUGUAGUACCCACAACUCACCAAGCUGACACCACUUCAUCUUCUUCUUCAUCCUCAACACCGUCAGCAACAUCCACUCCUACUACUAAUACUACCCAACCACCAGUUCCUACUCCUGUAAGACCUCAGACGACUACUGGAAACCAGCCUACUCCGGUAUCUCAAAUCCAACCCCAAAGACAGGCUAUAAAUCCAGCAGCUGCUCCUUCUGCUUCCCCCGUCUCUGCAGCUUCCGUACCUGGAGCAAGACCGACGAUACCUGGACAGCCUGGUUCAGCUGGUGCACCUGCUGUGCAGAGACCGCUUGCUCCUGGUCCUCCAUUGCAACCUGGCCAACCACCACGGCAACAAAUCGUUCCAAGACCACCUCCUGCCGCUCCUGAACCCAUAACCAGUCCUAAUAACCAAGCAACAAUUCUUAAACUUCAGUAUAUUGCCGCCAGGGACCCGUAUUUGAACGAUUUGAUGAAAAUUGUUGCCUCUGGCAGUGCCGCCCCAGCCCAAAUUGCUUCAUUUCAAGUGUAUAUCAACCGUGCAAGAAGUAUGCCAAUGCCUGAAGAACUGUUAGCAAGACAGUAUAACUAUCAAGCAAUGAGGCAACAGGUCAGGCCUCCUAAACCUCCUAAACCGCCCAAGCCACCAAAAGCCCCCAAACCACCCAAACAGCCUAAAGCUCCCAGAACACCAAAAGCAGCCGAUCCCAACAAGAAAGUCCGCAACAACUAUACUCUGAAACGAACCCUCAAACAUAUUAUCAUUGUAUUUGAGUUCAAGGAUAAUCCAGCUGAUAGGUAUGUUCUUCCAAAGGACUCAAUUAUGGAGGUGUUGCCAAAUGGUGAGAUUUUGCUUUCAUUUCUAGCUACCAAGGAGGUGGUACCUGAGGUAAAGCCCGAAGUUGCCAACAAUUCUAGCAAGCGAUCAUCGAAAUCGAAGAAACGUGAAUCAGAACGAGCACCUCUCCCUCCUACAGCCGAACCAAUAAUUUAUUUCACUCCUCUAACAAUUGCAAUGAGAAACAUUCCUCCUCGAUCUCUUCAAAUUGUCGAGAAGGGAGUUAACAGGCAAAAGAAAGUGGUACAACGAAUGGAGGAGAUCUUGAAAAAAGGUGUUCGCACUAAAGACUUUUCCGUUUGGUAUCAGAUUGAUAGUACUGACAUCGACUUAAUUGACACAUUAGAUGAGGGACCCAAACUUCCAGAGGGCGCUGUAAUUGCUCCUCGUAGACAAUACAAGCCCCGGAGAAGGAGGGAGGAAGGUGAAGUAGAUGGUGAGAAUACACCUAAAAGGCCAAGGAAAGCACCAGUUAAGAAAGAAGGCGAAGAUGGGGUGGAAAGUAGAACUAAAGAAGGUGAAGAUGGGGAGGAAAGUAAAACCAAAGAAGGUGAAGAUAGCGAGGCAAAGAAAGCCAAAGAAGGUGAAGUCGGAGAGGAAAAGAAAGGCGAAGAAGGUGAAGAUGGAAAGGAAAAGAAAGAAGGGGGCGAUGGAAAAGACCAUAAUACUGGUAAUAAAGAUUAUGUGGUCAAGAAAGAAAAUAUUGAUAAGAUGGAUAUCGAUGAUAAGGAACCGCAGGAAGAUAUUGAAAGUAAGGAGGGAGAAGUCGAGAAGAAAGAGCUUGCUGAGAAUGACAAAGAGAAGGUAGAAAAGUUAGAUAGCAAGGAGGAAGACGACAAGAAAGAGACCACCAACGGUGACAAUGGUGAUUUAGAGAAAUCAAGUAGUAACGAUACAUCUGACUCUUUGAAGAACCAGGACACUCCCGUGGGGCAUGAUUAA